UAAAGGAAAAUAUUAGUUAAAAUUAAUUUAUGUGAGGUACAAACUUAUAACAUUAUUGUUACAAAUUAUUUUAUUUUAUUAUUUUUAUCUUACAAUGAUAUUAUUAUUAUUUUACGGUUAAAAUGACAAAGACUUUGACUGAGAAAUUGUACGGUUUCUCUAAAAUACCUUCUUGUUUAAAUAGUAGAAUCAGGCAACAUUAUAUAACAAUUUUAAAGGAUCUUUUAACUGUAGAAUAUACUGGAAAGAGCAGAUAUUGUGAUUCAGGGUCUGUACAAUCUGAUACAUGUGCUCCUACAAACUGCCCUUUGUAUUAUUAUGAAGUCGAGAUUGUGAAAUGUGACAGUCAACCUAAAAUAGUCGUUGGAUUCUCAUACAGUAAUUAUCAUCUUAAUCGACAUCCAGGAUCAGAACCCAAUUCGGUGGGAUAUAAAUCUGAGGAUGGUUAUUCCAUGAAUGGAACUUCAAAGUCUGAGAGUUAUGGCCCUUCAUAUGGUAAAGGCGAUGUUAUUGGCUGUGGAAUUAAUUACCUCAACCAAAAUUACUUCUUCACCAAAAACGGAUCAUUCCUAGGGAGUGCCGGGAGUUUGUUUCACAUAGACAAUUAUCCUACUGUUGGUUUAAACUCGUUUGGAGAAUCUGUAAAAUUUAACUUUCUUGGACCAUUUAAGUUCAAUAUUGAAGAUUACUAUAAAAAAAUAAUAUCAACGGAGAGGGAUGAAAUAAAUUCCAAUACUGUAUCAAGAGAAGACCUGAAUGGAAUAGUACACUUUUAUUUACUUCAUAGAGGAUACUCAAAGACCCUAAAAGCCUUUAAAAAUGAAACUAACGCAGACGGAAUGAAUUUGGAUUUGAAUGAAGAUAAAAGUGAAAACAAGUUUAUAAAUCAACUUUACAUAUCAAAUGAAGUGGUAAAUAAAAUGGAAUCAACUCUGGAAAAAAGAUCAGUGUUGAUUGACGGAAUUUUGAAUGGUGAAAUUGAGGGAGCACUAGAGGCUUUUUCCAGAAAUUUCCCCAAGAUCAAGAAGUCAUCAAUGGCCUACGUAAUGCUGGUGACUCAGAACUUUAUUGAGAUGCUCAAGAAUGGUAGAAACACUAAAGAAUGCCUCUCAUGGCUACAAGAAAACAUUAAAAAACUCGCAGAUAAUGAUGAUUUCGAAGAACUCUUCAAAAAUGAUCAUUUCAAACAUGUCUUCCAAGAGGCAUGUGGGUUAUUGGCAUAUGAUGACUUUGAAAAUAGUCCUUUGAAGGCAAAUUUAAGUAAAGACAGAAGACUUGAAACGGCAAUCGUAGUCAACGACACCAUCCUAAAUGAAGAUGGAGCGAAUUUAUCAAGCCUAAAGAUAAUAUUACAGUAUUUAGUACUUGGAAGAAAAAUACUCAAGGAAAUAAAUGGGAACACGGGACCUUUAUAUUCCGCACACGAUUUAUGCUCACCAUUAACUAAAUUUAACGACUAA